CGAGGACAAGAGGGCAGUGCAGUUUGGUGCGGCUCUUGUGGCACCCGUGCAGUUCGAGCUUUUCUGCUGGCGUGCAUUUUUCUCUCGUCUGUCGCAGUGGUUGUCGCCGAGAAAACUCGUAAACAAUUUUGUUGCGUAAACGUGCAUCAGUGUUCCUUCUUUCCAGUUGUCUUGCGAACACGAAGAACUGUGCGGAUGUGUCGUUAGUGUUUACACGUGUUCUUUUUUGUUCGGGCAGUGUUUCGUUUCAAGACGAGAUACAUACGUAUAUACGUACGUACGCGGAACUGCGGCCGUGAGGGAGCGAAAGGGAAGAAAGAACGACGAAGAAGAGAAGGAAGAAGUAGAAGAUGAGCAAGACGUGUGCCCGCUGCGAGAAAACGGUCUACCCGAUCGAGGAGCUCAAGUGUCUCGACAAGGUAUGGCACAAGCAAUGUUUCAAGUGUCAGUGUUGCGGCAUGAUCCUGAAUAUGCGGACGUACAAGGGAUUCAACAAACAGCCAUACUGCGAGGCACACAUACCAAAGGCGAAGGCUACUACGAUGGCAGAGACGCCGGAAUUGAAACGUAUCGCGGAGAACACGAAGAUCCAGAGUAACGUCAAGUAUCACGCUGAGUUCGAAAAAGCGAAGGGCAAGUUUACCCAGGUGGCGGACGACCCAGAGAUGUUGAGAAUCAAGCAGAACAGUAAGAUCAUCUCGAACGUGGCCUAUCACGGGGAGCUCCAGAAGAAGGCCAUUAUGGAGCAGAAGAGGACGAUGACCGGUGAAAACGGUGAACAGAUAGAGUACGUAGAGUACACGGACGGUACGAUCGCGCCUACAUCAGGCGUGAACGCGAAUCCUCCACCAGCCGCUAGAACAACGAAUUCGCCGGUGCAAAGGACACCAGGUAGGAUCGCCGAUUACGAUCCCCUUAGCGAGGCGAGGCCGAGCCCUUAUUCAGCCAGGCAAGCGGCCACCACGGUCAUUUACACGAGCGAUAAGGGAGCAGUAACGAAUCCACCAACUAGGAAGAUUGGUUCUGUGGCGGAUAUCGAUCCCGUCAAUGAAUACUAUGGAUCGUUAACGCCGGCAACGAAUAACAACCACGUUCCACAGCAUCAGCCGCCUCCUCCACCACCCACCAAUGUUGGAAGAGUGUACAGAGCAAUGUACGAUUACGAGGCCCAAGAUCUCGACGAAGUGAGCUUCUGCGACGGCGAUCUGAUUGUGAACUGCACGGCGAUCGAUGAGGGCUGGAUGACCGGUCUUGUGCAGCGCACAGGACGACACGGCAUGUUGCCCGCAAAUUAUGUUGAGCCGGCGCAGAUUUAAGCACCUGUUCCUCGCGCGUCCUCCUUGUCCCCGACUCGCUGGGACGACGGGUGGUACUGGACGGAAAAAUGCUCUGCAGGGAAAACGUGGCGCAAACGAAAGAGACGAGAGCAAUCUCUUGAUACUCCGGAAAAGGAAGAGACGGCGGACGAUUCCUUCUCGCCGCGCCGGCUGAAACUUGCGCAAACGCUACAGAGAUCUGCGUUGAGAAUUGCAGUGAAACGUUUUUCGGGUCGAUUGUUGUAUUCAAUCGGUUUAGGGAAACUGAUAUGAUCCGUGGUAGUAACAAAAUCGCCGAUCUUCCUUUUCGCAGGGACGAACAAAGGAUUUAAUCGAAUCAGAACAAUGUUCGUUCGUUUAGGAUAAAAAUCGUGAUGUUUUUUCAUACUAAGUGCCUGCGUCGUUUUCACGUUUCCGUGAAGUCAGUGACUAGAUGGUAAUUCCAUGUUGGGACCAAAUUCUAUUCGACCACUCUGCCGCAGGACACGAUUGGUGUCCUCUGGUUCAAUAGCAGUUAUUUACACGAGUAUCCAAUAUUUUCUUUUUAGUAUUUUUUCCUUUUCACAUGCUGCUGUUUUAGGUUUUUCGAAGUCAUUCCGUUGAUUCGAUGAUUCCAUUAUGGUUUGUUGACUGCAACAAAGACUGGAAGUCUCAGCAUUUAUAUCUAAUAUUUCUUUUGAUACUUUUAUCUUGGAAGAAGUUUUACCUUUACUUCACAAUAACAUAUCUUUUUUUUUUAAACAUUUUAUUUUGAAUGCUUGAUGCAGAGCUCUUUUUUAAAUAUGAAAAUAUUCUUUCAGUCUUUGUAAACCUUUUUAAAACAACACUAGAACUCUGUCAUGAAUUGUUGAAGCAUACAAUAUGUAAUUUGCAUCGCAUAUUUAUUUACAAAAGUUAGAUAGUAUUGCAUUAUUUCAUAAGCUCCAACGCAACAUGAUACAAUCAUUCAUUGUGAUCCAGAAAGAAACAUUUAUGUGCCUUACAUGCGUAGACUUGUUGAUUGGGACAAUUUUUGAGCUACUUUUUUAGCGGAGGAACAAAAAAUAAUGAACAAAUAAACAAAUGAAAAGAUAGUGGUAUGUAGGUAUAAUAUACUCAAAAAAGAGAAACAGCGUUACGUAUCAUCGAAUCACACAGGAGAAUGUUUUUCUAGGAGCUAUCGUGAAAGUGAAUUUAGUUAAGUUUACAUGAAGGAAGAAUAUGUAAUCUAAUUCUGUUGAUAAGAAAGUUUCGUUACACUACUUGCCUGAGCGACGAUCGCUGGAAAAAUCUUUAUUGCCGUUUCUCUUUGACUAAUUAAUGACAUUAACCGACAUUUACCGAUAAAUAGCUGUUAAGUUUUACGAUGCGAAGUUCGCCUGUAUUAAAGAUGCUUUUAUCCUGGCUUUUUACGGUCCUUUCAGUGCUGUAUCAAUAGAGUCGCAUACCGAAAGUCGGUCGAUGACUAUAACGAUCGGACGAUAGAAUAAUUUCAUCAAUUAAUCUGCUGCUAUUCAGGAAACGUACAUUUUCCGAUUGUACAUAAUGUAACAAAGUAUUAUUUCUAGAUAUUAUACGUUAGAUAUAAGUCAUAAUAAUUUUCAUUUAUCAUUUCGAAAUAAAGUUUUGCAUAAUGCAUAAAAGAUUUUAGAAUUAUAACGAGGGCUUUGUCAUUUUUUUAAAUGAUCUCUGAUUUUAUGCAGUUGAACGAAUCAUCUCUUUUGAACUAUUCAAUUCUUUUGAAUUCAAAUUCUUUAAUAAACUACUGAAGUAAAAUAUUUUUUCUAAUCAGUAUGGAUGGAUAUAUGAAACAGUACUGAAAGGAUUGAUUCGCUUUUCAUAAGUACACUUUCCGCGUACAAUGCGGCUUCAUCGAUUCCAGAUUGUACUCCGCGAUGAUAUCGACUUUACAGAUAGCUUCUCGAUGUUCGGUUUUAAUGUACAGAUAAUAUUAUAGUUGAUUGAGGAAAUUUCAAGUAUAACGAGAACGUUGUGCGACCGUUGCGGAGAUACAUUGUUAUUCUUUAUUUCUGUCUCUUUCCCCCGUGAAUUAACAUUUUGAAAUUUCGUUCUUCCGUAUUGAAAAUUUGGUUCCUUCGACGCAUGUAUCUAUUAAUUUUGCAUUUUUACCUGAGUAGGAAAAUAGAAGAAGAGUUUAUACAUACGUGUUAUGAAGAAGUGAAUAGUGAUGUUGUUGCGAGCGUCGUUCAACUUUUCGUGAUAAACCGCGAGGAGAUAUAUUCAUAUUUUUGGAAACAUGUUAGCACUAUUCUUAUUAUUAUUAAUAUAAUAAUAAUUACUAUAUGCCCUUUUGUAAGUAAUAGAACAUCGAUAAGACGAAAGAUGUAUGAUUUAUAAUUGAGGAAAAAUGCAUACAGAAAUAUAUAUAUUAGCGUUGUUUAUAAAACAGAUAAUAUUAUAUUAUUAUGAUACGAAAAUCAUAAACAGUGAAUAUGUUAUGAAAAUUA